AUGUUCGUGCCCUUUAGACCCUUUAUUCCCUCUGCUUCUACUUCUUCCUCAUCUACUUCUCCGUCUGCCCCGCCAUCACACCAACUCUCCGCCCUCACCCCGUCAAUCUCAUGCAGCACCAUCCAUACUUUCCGUGGUCCGCUUUCGGAGCCACCUUCUUACCUGUCUCCUGCUGUUCGCGCGCUCAAGCAGAAUCUGUGUGGACUGACACCUCCCAGCAAUGCGCGAACCAGGGCGCCGUUUAAGCCCCGGUCGGCUGCCAAGGGCACGAGCAGUUAUCAGCUGAGGCAGUUUGCAGAGGCGACUUUGGGGAGCGGGAGUUUGAGGAAGGCUGUGAAGCUCCCUGAGGGCGAGGAUGUGAAUGAGUGGCUUGCAGUCAAUGUGGUCGACUUUUACAAUCAGAUCAACCUCCUUUACGGCGCCAUCACGGAGUUCUGCUCCCCGCAGUCAUGUCCGGAGAUGAAAGCCACCGAUGAGUUCGAGUAUCUCUGGCAAGACUCGGAGAAUUUCAAGCGACCGACUAAGAUGUCCGCGCCAGAGUACAUCGAACAUCUGAUGGGCUGGGUCCAGAGCAAUAUCGACAACGAACAGAUGUUCCCAAGCAGGCUUGGAGUCCCCUUCCCCAAAGCAUUCUCCAGUUUGAUUCGCCAGAUCUUCAAGCGACUUUAUCGCGUGUAUGCACACAUCUACUGCCACCACUACCCCGUGGUUGUGCACUUGGGACUCGAGCCCCAUCUCAAUACCAGUUUCAAACACUAUGUUCUAUUCGUUGAUGAACAUCGGCUGGCGACCGGCAAGGAUUAUUGGGGUCCUCUUGGAGAUCUCGUCGACAGCAUGUUGCGGAGUGACUGA